AUGAUUCGAUUGAAACUUAAGAAUAAAGGUCCUGAUGGUGCAGAGCAGGCCCCUGAUGACCAAACUGGUGAAGCAAAUGUUACACCCAAGUCGAAAACUAAAAGCAAGCGAAAACGUGAGACUGAUGGAACAGACCAAUCUCCUAGUAAACAAGUGGCAACAGAAGGCGCGCCAACCCCCAAAAUCACACUCUCAAAACCCAAACCAAAGACUCAGAAACCAAAAAUUUCGCUUGUUAACAAUGCUCAGCCAAGUGAAGAUACUGGAACGAUACCGGCAAUUUCAGCUAUUUCAGCUGGCACACAAGCAGCUUCUGCAGUACCUAUAGAUACUCUACCCGACGGAACUCAACAACCAAUCCCCAAGCUCAAAGUUAAGCUUUCAACUAAAGCUCCAAAGACUCCUCGUGCAAGUAAAACCAAAAAAAGUGAAUCUAAAGCUAUAAAAGCUCCUAAAAUCAAGCUUGUCACUCAGACCACCAAGGAACCUAAACAAGAAGAACCAGAAGCUCCAGCAGCAACCUCAGAAAACCCACCCAAGGCUAUUCCUAAACAAAGCAAAAAAGACAAGGCGCCGAAAAUCCGUGUGAAACCCAAUCGAAACCCUGGUUCCGGUUACGACUCAGAAGCUCCAGAUAGAGAAGAUGAUCCUAUGGUUGAAGAUGCCAUUGCUUUGCGCAUGGUACCGGGCCAACAUUUAGACUACUUGAGAGCAGCAUGCGACCAAGGCGAACUGAAAAACGUCACAAUCAAGUUUAAAGAUUCUCGAAGAGCAGUUGUUUCUAUCCACGAGCAACUUUUUGCAGCUAAACUUAUUGACUUACCUACAAUCACAGAAACACACAAGUCGUUUGAUCGGAAAAAUAUCUACAAAGUGGCUGACGUUUGUCAAAUGUUGCUAGUUACAGAACCUAUUCAGUAUGAAGACGAUGUAUUAAAACUUGAAUCUACUUCUUUAGAGGGUACAGAUGCAACAUGUACACCACAUGGCAUUACCCCACCCAUGCAUAAUGUUAAACAUCGACGGUUCCGGAAACGAAUAUCAAGAAAAGUCAUUGAGUCUGUAGAAGCCAGGGUCGACGAGCUAUUUAAAAAGGACGAAGAAGCAGAGAAAACAAUUUAUGAGUUGUUGGAUUCCACAACAACAACUUCAAGAGCCGGAAGUGCGGCACCCACGCCACGGCCAGUAAUUGGUGAUGAAGAUGAAGAUGAAGAGGAUGAGGAAGAAGAAGAUGACGAUUAUGAUGCCGAUAUCGAAGCCAUGGCCAAAGAGGUUACAGCUUCGUUACAAUCGACGGCCCCUAAAGUUGAAAAACCACACACAGCCCCUACUUCUGCAGCUGGGAAACCUGCAGAAACACCUAAAGACCAGGACGAAGACUUUAUGGAUCUCGAUGUAGAAAUUGAAAAGGCCCUGGAAAGUGAUGAAGAUGAAGAAGAUGACGACGACGAUGAAGAUGAAGAUGACGAAGAAGAAGAAGAAGAGGAAGAAGAUGAAGAAGAAGAUGUCAAUGGUCCUAGAGGUGAAGACCUUGAUGAAGAAGCACAAGAAGCAUUAAACCGUAACCAAAUCAUUCGCGAAGAGCUACGAGAUCUUGCACGCAGUUUGGCUCAAAAGGAAAAGGAAAAAGAUGCACGCAAGAACCCUAUUCUCAAGGGCCGUGUUCUCAAUGAUAUCAAAAAGAUUAAGCAAGAAAUUGAGACCAAGAAGAAGCAACUCAAAAAGAUUCCAGGAUAUGAUGAUGACCUGGAUGACAUUCUGGCAAAUCUUGGUGACGGAGAUGAUAAUGAAGACGAUAAAACUUCAACGCUACCAACACCAAAGCCUAAUAUUGAAGAUGUACCACCACCCAUUCUAGCCACAGCUGCUGCUGUGUCGCUCAGUAAGGAACCUAGCGCAGCAACGCCGGUAGUCUCUGCGUCUCUGAGCUCCACUGUGGCGACACCAGCGGGAGACACUUACGAGGUUGAUUUCCAACGAUCAUCCGAGCCACCUUCUGCGUUUAAUUCAACGCCGCAACCAGACUACGAAGAAGAAAGUGAGGAAGGGGCUAGUGAAAAUGAAAAACCAACAAACAAGCCAGCCAACCAUGAUGACUUGUUUGGAGAAGAAGAGGCCGACUUUGAUUCAUUGUUUUAA